UGCCAGAUGAGUGUGUGCAAGGGAUUCAGCUGAGCCAUGAUCUGGAGAUGGACAGUGCCUGUGGAUGUCCUGAGUACACAAAUUAUACAGUGGGCUUCAGUGGCUGCUUGGACUACAUAUUCUAUCAGAAUGAUAAAUUCUCAGUAAAACAGGUCAUCCCAAUGCCAACCCACGAAGAGGUCACAGAACAUGUUGCCCUACCCAGUGUCACAUUCCCAUCUGACCACAUAGCUCUUGUUGCAGAUUUAGAAUUUAAAACAGCAGGGAAGGACUCUUUAUAACAUCAGAGGGGUGACUAGGGAGUUUAAGAAAGGCACUAUAUAACAUUUGUAAACACAAAUAAGAAAGGUGGCUAGAAGUGUAUGAAAUUCUCUUCAUACUUUCUCUGCACAUGAAUUUUAUUGAGACUGUGUAAUCUGGAAAAUAAACAAGAUUAAAUUAAA